UUACACCCUUUAACUAUUUUAACGAAACAUCCUGGAUGGCUAUCAGACACCGACAGGUAAGCGCUAGUUGACAUAUAAACGAGGUAGCUGCUGCUCUGUACAGUACAGUUGGGUCCUUCACCAGACCAUGGUCGUGUUUGUGUUACUCAUUGUCGGCCUUAGUGGCGUGGUCAGUUUGACCUUGCACGACCUCUACCCGUACCCAUACGACAAUGUAACAACAACAGAUGACCAGCUUUUACAGCCUAAUGAUGAUGGAAGUUCGUCCCAAAUCCUGUUUUCGUUUCCAUAUUUCAACAACACCCAAACCUCGGCUUACGUGAACACGAAUGGAGAUAUCACAUUUGGAAGAUCAUUAAGUACAUAUACCCCAUCUGCGUUUCCACUUAGUAAUAACUUUAUGAUGGUAGCUGUAUUUUGGACUGACAUUAUUACGACUUAUGUAGGAGAAAUCUGGUACAAGCUCAGUUCAAGCCAAGACCUCAUGAACCGAGCAGGUACAGACAUACAAUCAGGAUUUUCGGAUCAAAACGACUUCAGUCCAUCACUGGUGUUCAUUGUGACGUGGAGUGAGGUACCGUAUUUUGGAGCUUCAGGAGACGAUCUACUCUUGAGAAAUACUUUUCAGAUCGUGCUUACCACUGAUGGUACAAAAUCCUUUGUCAUGUUCCAUUACCUGAAACUAGACUGGGCUAGCAAUGCAAUGGUUGGAUUUAACGCUGGAGAUGGGGUAAACAGCUACACUAUUAACGGGUCCCUCUCUGCUGAUGUGACCAACCUAGUCAAUAGAUCAAAUGUUGGGGUUCCUGGCAAGUUCCUCUUCCGCGUCGACGGUGACACAAUACAACCAGCUGAUCAAAACUUGACAAAUAAUAACAAUAAUACAGACACGUUUUGCUCAUUUGCCCGUGAAGGACGGCUGCCGUGCCUGCCUAACGUACAUGGAUUUUGAAUUAUGAUGAUUGCGGUACGGAAGAUUUUCCCUGGCUGUUGAUAUUGUGACGAUGUCCAUUCGAAUUGUUUGAUGGGAGAUAACUGGACAAUGCCAUGUUAUGGUGUCAUGUUUGUGUAAUUAAAGUGUUGCUGGAAUGUAAAA